CCUUGCCGCUCUGGAAGGGGAUGGAACCAGGCUAAUCGAGGAUUAAGCUGGCAAGCAGAGACAGCUGGGAGUUGUUAAAGUAGAAGGACAACCCGAGGCCCUCAAAGAAGGCAUGAAGGCAGAAAAGGAGGAGGGGCUACCCAGCCAGAAUUUGGGAUGCAACCUGAGAGUGCCUGCCUGUUGCUGCCUGCAGCCUGAAGAAACCAGAUUUGGGUGGGGGGGUUAGUGAGGGGUGUCUCUCUCUCUCUCUCCAUCAUCAAGUUCUAGCUCUCCAUUUGGAUGCUGCGAGAAGAAGAGGUCGUUGCUGGCAGCUACGGCAGCCUCAACAUGGACAUGGAAGAGCUGGCUAGAGAGAGCAUCAGCUUGCUAGCCAAGCCUACCUUGGAGUCAGACGGUCCCAACCUCUCCUCAGCUGGGGCUGUCUUUAUUCUGCUGAAGUCGGCUUUAGGAGCAGGACUUCUCAACUUCCCCUGGGCGUUCAAUAAGGCUGGAGGAAUCCUCCCGGCUGUUCUCGUGGAGCUGGUCUCCUUGAUAUUUCUGAUCAGUGGCUUAGUGAUCCUGGGCUAUGCGGCCUCUAUAAGCAUGCAGACAACAUACCAGGGGGUUGUCAGAGAGAUCUGUGGGCCAGCCAUUGGGAAGCUCUGCGAAGCCUGCUUCAUUUUGAACCUCUUCAUGAUCUCGGUGGCUUUUCUCAGAGUGAUGGGUGAUCAGCUAGAAAAAUUGUGCGAUUCGUUCUAUCCAAACGAUACCUUGAGCGGUGGGACCUCUCACCAGCACUGGUUCACGGACAAUCGCUUCACUUUGUCUGUGCUAUGUGUCCUGGUUAUUUUCCCUCUCUCUGUCCCAAGAGAAAUUGGAUUCCAGAAGUACACAAGUAUUCUUGGGACCUUGGCUGCUUGCUAUUUAAUGCUAGUCAUCAUAAUAAAAUAUUACAUCAGAACGGAUCACAGUGUCAAGUAUGAGCAUCACCGUUCUUCCGGGGUUUCUUCCUGGGCUUCUGUGUUCAGUGUUGUCCCAACAAUCUGCUUUGGAUUUCAGUGCCAUGAGGCAUGCAUUGCCAUCUACAGCAGCAUGAAAAAUAAGAAGCUCUCCCACUGGGUUCUGGUAUCUGUGGUGUCCAUGCUGUUCUGCUUGCUUAUUUAUUCUCUGACAGGGCUCUAUGGCUAUUUGACAUUCGGUGCUGAUGUCGCUGCUGAUAUCCUGAUGUCCUACCCUGGAACUGACGUGGUGGUCAUCAUAGCUCGGCUAUUGUUUGGAGUCUCUAUCAUCACCAUCUACCCGAUUGUUCUUCUGCUGGGAAGGUCAGUCUUACAGGACAUCUGCUUUGGCACCAAGCACUGUUCCAUCCUGACCACUGAGCCCUAUGAGAAAUGGCUGCGCAUCUUGCUUACCACCGUGUGGGUUAUGGUGACGCUAAUCAUCGCCCUCUUCGUCCCUGACAUCAGUGACAUCAUCAGCGUCAUUGGGGGCAUCAGCGCUUUCUUCAUCUUCAUCUUUCCAGGGCUGUGUUUGGUGUGUACAAUGGAGACAGAAACAGUCAUGCCAAGGACUAAGUCCUUCCUGAUCAUCUGGGGUAUCAUCACUGUCCUGUGUGGUGCAUUCAUCUUUGGACAAAGCACAACUAUCGCCAUCAUGGAACUGAUGCAUAAACUCUAGCAGCAUCAAGUUGGAGACAGUUGUAAGGUUAGCAGCCUUGGGUGGAAAAUGGACUCCGUUCUUGCAGGUUGACUAAUCCUGCCAAAGGUUUCUGAGUAACUCAGACAGGUAUUUUUUUGCAGUGGUUACUGGCUGAGCAGAACUUAAACAAUGCUCUUUUUUAAAAAAAAAUAUUUCUAACAUUUGUUUAUAUAAAUAAAAAUUUACACAAGUGA